AUGGAAUCGGGAUCGGAUCUGGGCAAGCUCUUCAUUGGCGGGAUUUCAUGGGACACAGACGAAGAACGACUGCGAGAGUAUUUUAGCAAGUACGGAGAUUUGAUUGAAACUGUGAUCAUGAGAGACCGUACCACAGGACGUGCCCGUGGCUUUGGAUUUAUCGUCUUUGCAGAUCCUGCUGUUGCAGAGAGAGUGAUCAUGGAGAAACACAUCAUCGAUGGCCGUACGGUCGAGGCAAAGAAAGCUGUCCCACGGGAUGAUCAGCAAGUGCUAAAACGACACGCCAGUCCAAUGCACCUUAUUUCACCUAGCCAUGGUGGUGGUAAUGGUAGCAGCGGGCGGACAAAGAAGAUAUUUGUUGGAGGUUUACCAUCAAGCAUUACCGAGGCCGAGUUCAAGAACUACUUUGAUCAGUUUGGUACAAUUGCUGAUGUUGUGGUAAUGUAUGAUCAUAAUACACAGAGGCCAAGAGGCUUUGGCUUCAUCACUUUUGAUUCCGAAGAGUCUGUUGAUAUGGUUCUUCACAAGACCUUCCACGAGCUAAAUGGAAAAAUGGUCGAGGUUAAAAGAGCAGUGCCAAAGGAGCCCUCCUCGGUUCCUUCUAUCCGAAGCCCGCUACUUGGGUAUGGUAAUAACUAUGGAGUAGUCUCUAAUAGGUCAUCUGCUAAUAGCUACUUCAAUAGUUUUGCUCCUGGUUAUAAUAAUAAUCUAGGCUCUGCUGGCCGGUUUAGUCCUAUUGGUAGCGGUAGAAAUGCUUUCUCUAGCUUUGGGCUUGGUUUGAAUCAAGAACUGAGUUUGAAUUCAAGCUUUGAUGGAAACACUCUUGGGUAUAGCCGGAUCCUGGGGAACCAAUACUUCAACAGUGCUUCACCAAACCGUUACAACUCUCCAAUUGGGUACAAUAGAGGCGACUCUGCUUACAACCCGAGCAAUAGAGACUUGUGGGGAAACAGAACUGAUUCUUCUGGUCCUGGAUGGAACUUGGGAGUAUCUGUUGGUAACAACAGAGGAAACUGGGGACUUUCUUCUGUGGCGAACGAUAACAAUGGCUAUGGAAGAAACUUUGGGACUGGUUCUGGACUUUCUGCUCUAUCAUUCUCGGGUAAUACAAACGGUUUUGAUGGCUCUUUAGGAGAAUUGUACAGAGGCAGCUCGGUCUAUAAUGACUCAACGUGGCAGCAGUCGAUGUCUCAUCAGUCUUCCAACGAGUUAGACGGCUUGUCUCGCUCUUAUGGCUUUGGUAUUGACAAUGUAGGCUCAGACCCAUCUGCUAAUGCCUCAGAAGGUUACCCAGGAAGCUACAGUGUUGGAAAUAGACAAACAAUUAGAGGUACACUCAUCGAUAUCAUAAAGAAUUUAGCUUUAUUUAUCCCUUCUGAUACAUUUGAUUUCGAGCCGAGUAUAAUUAGGUUGGUUAACGUUUUCAGGUAUUGA